AUGCAAGUUCAAAGCAUCGUUGCAGAAGUCGUUGGACUUGCUGCCAUCGGAGGUUUUACACUGCCAUCGAUUGUAACGAUCUUACGUACUCCAUACCGACGAAAGGGUACUCCAAGUUGGGGUGACGAUAAAGAUGGAAGCACAACUACGUCCAGCGAGAAUAGUUUUAACUCCAAGGCCCCAAAGAUAUGCUUGUCUAUAUUUAUUAUCUUGGGCGUCUUAACAUUUGUUUUGAAAACCCUUCAAUUUGGUAGUACUACUUAUUUCCUUGAGCAAUUUGCAACUAAUGUUGUGGGAUGGUUCUUGUUGACGAUUCAAGUGUUCGCUGUAUGCUACACAAAAGAUACCAUCGUGAGCUACACACAAGGCACAUACAUUGCAGCUUCCUGCUUUGCAUUCCUUUGCAUGGUCAUUGUAGAGGAUCAAGAAAUUUUGACAAGCGCAUGGUCGACUUCUACUGCGCUAUCUAUUGCCCAGAUGACUACUCUACUUGCUGUUGGGACCGCGAGUAUAUCGAUACCACGAAGACCGCAGGUUUUCUAUCACGGGAGAUUGGUUCUAAAUGAAUUCAACGUUUCUUUUCUCACUCGAUUCUCAUUCUCGUCAAUAGAGUAUUUGCUCACGAAGGCGAAGCGGCAAAAUACUUUAAAUAUAGAAGAACUACCAACAAUGCACUACGCAAAAAGAUCAAAGACUCUCAGUCAUGCAUGGAUGGCUAGUAGUAGCACUGGCCGACUGUGGGUCAGGCUGUUGAAGGUGUACAAAUAUUCACUUAUUCUACAGAUCAUUCUCGGAUUAAUCCAUGCUUUUCUUGCCAUUGGCCCACAACUAGCAAUUUUCAAAAUACUAAAUGCAAUGGAAUCCGGGAAAACUGGAAAACAGCUAGGAUUCUAUAUACUGGCGUUUGGGCUUGCCACUGUUCUAGCUUCCUGGGUUGAAGCCAUGCAAGAUAUUACAAGCACGAGCCUAGUUUCUGUUCCAAUGCGAGCUCAACUGUCAGCUUUGAUAUUUGAAAAAACUAUGCGGCGCAAAGACGCAAAAGGCAGGCCUGCAAUGGCGGAAAAUGAGAAUGGGGUCUCUUCAAAUGAGAUAGACCCUGACAAAACUUCUCAGAAAAUUCUCAAUUUGAUUGGAGUGGACACCGGAAGAAUUUGUGAUUGUGCCAGGCAAACGUUCGAAAUCGUUCAAGCUCCCGGCCGAAUCAUCAUAUCUGUAGCGUUCCUGGUUACGUUAUUAAGCUGGCAGGGAAUUUUACUUGGCUUCUGUUUUAUCAUUGUAACUUUCCCCGUUACACGGCGCUACGCAAAGAAGUUUACAGUCUCGCAGGGAUUUCUAAUGCAGACGAGAGAUAAGAAAGCUGCAAUCAUUGGUGAAGCUCUUCAAGGGUUCCGCCAGAUCAAAUUCUCCGCUCUUGAGGACCGAUGGGAAAGAUCUAUCAUGGCAAUGCGAGACGUCGAGCUUACAGCAACCUGGGAUGUGCUAAUGUCCAGAAUAAUGUUGAUUUCAUGCUGGAUUUUAAAUCCACUCAUGACCGCCGCCAUUGCACUAGGAGUUCACUCAUAUAUAUACCAACAACUAACACCCGCACAAGCGUUCACUGCCAUUGGUGUAUUUCUGCAAUUGGAUCAUUGCAUGCAAUGUCUCCCCAACAUUAUCACACAGAUGAUCGCUGCCAACGUAUCGCUGCAACGUGUUGAGAGUUUUCUUAAUUCGCCAGAACUCGGGAACAUUCUUUCUAGCCCAAUAGAAACACUCGAACCUACCGACUCCGAUUUGCCUGUGAUAGUUUUUGAAAAUGCGAGAAUAAGCUGGCCCACCGACACCGAGUAUGUAGAUAAUGAAAGUGAUCGGUUUAUUCUUCGAGAUAUCAAUAUCUCAUUCCCAGUUAACAAAUUGACAAUCAUCUGCGGGAGAACCGGGUCCGGAAAGAGUUUGUUAUUGAGUUCAAUGCUUGGCGAAGCAGAACUUAUCUCUGGCAAAAUUAGGGUACCGGAAAGGCCACUCGAUUGUUAUGACCAACACGCGAAUAAAAACAACUGGAUUGUUCCGAACUCGAUUGCUUUUGUUGCACAGAUACCCUGGAUAGAAAAUUGUACAGUCAGAGAGAACGUUCUGUUUGGCCUUCCGCUAGAUUUGGAUCGUUAUGAACAAGUCAUUGAAGCUUGUGCUCUGACCCAAGAUCUCCAACUCCUGUCAGACGGGCAUGAAACGGAGAUUGGGACCGGAGGAAUCAAUUUAAGUGGUGGCCAGAGAUGGCGAUUAACUUUGGCAAGAGCCUUGUAUUCACGUGCUGGAAUUGUUUUGCUAGACGAUAUAUUUAGUGCUGUUGAUGUUCACGUUGGCCAGUUCAUCCUUAAUAAUGCUCUAGUCGGCAAGCUGAGCGCCGGCCGUACUAUCAUAUUAGCAACACACCAUUUAUCUUUGUGCAAAUCGCAUGUCAAGUCUAUCGUAGAGCUUGAGGAUGGCGUUGUCAAGCAAUUUUCUAGCGUUCAGGAAUUGGAAGAAUAUCUUGGUGCACCCGUCGAAAGCCUAGAUGAUACUGACGAUAAUCUAAUUGCUAUGGAAGAUGAUUUAAAGGAAGAUACCAUCGUAGGUACAUCAGGCUGCAAUUCUCCGACAACAAAAAAGACCGAUCCUCUCAAGUUUGUUUUAGACGAAUUUCGCAAGGAAGGAAACAUCGGAUCUUCAGUUUAUUCAAAAUGGCUCAAGUCUUGUGGUGGAUGGACUAUCGGAAUUAUGUUCCUUCUGAUUUAUACCAUGACCACCUUAUUUAAUCUUGGCCGAACAUAUUGGCUUCGAUUCUGGACCAGUACUGAUGGUGAGAACGAGCGCAAUUUACAUGCAAGAUUUGAUCAACCGCAGAUUUUUAUGACUUCUUCGACGUUUGAUAGAAACGGUACCGUCCCAUCAUCUGAUGUAUCAGGAAAACACAGCACAACCUUUUAUCUCGGAAUAUAUUUUGCCCUAUGUAUUGCCAUGAGCAUCUUCCGUAUCUACGGUUAUAUUUAUGCAUACAAGCAAUGCAUUCGAGGUUCCAAAAAGCUCUUUAAGACAAUGUUAUUCAAAGUUUUAAGAGCUCCUCUGCGUUGGAUAGAUACUGUUCCAUUUGGAAGGGUUAUGAACAGAUUUACCACUGACUUCAACACAGUCGACUUUGAUAUUGUUGAUACGCUCACAUGGGGAGUCGGUGAUGUUUUCAGGUUAUUCGGCAUAGCAAUUGCAGGGAUGUUCUUAUCACCAUAUGUAAUAUUGUUGACAGUUGCUGUAUCUACAUUCUCCGCAUAUUUAGCGCUCCAAGCUAUAACAGCCGCGAGAGCAAUUAGACGCUUGGAUUCGACCAACAGAUCACUCAUAUUUGAACAAUUCCGAACUAUUUUGAUUGGAAUCACUACCAUACGGGCUUUCGAAAAGAGAGAUGUUUACCUUGAAAAGGUAUAUCGUAGGAUUGACGAUGGAAGCUCAACACUUUGGAAUACCACUUUAUGUCAUAAUUGGCUCGUUUGGAGAAUAGGAGGCAUGGCUUCGGCGGCAUACACAAUGUCAAUCGCGGCGAUUGUAGCCGCUACUGUGACUGAUGCAGGGCUUGCUGGCUUUGUCCUUGCUAUAUCUCUGGAAUUUUCAAGUGCCCUAUUUUGGUCACUCUUCCAUGCAGGUUUCCUGGAAUUACGAAUGAAUGCGGCGGAGCGUGUGAUUGAAUAUACGGAGAUGCCUACAGAGGCGUUAGAUGGCGAAGAGCCUCCCGCAAGUUGGCCAACAGCUGGGCGCUUGGAAGUGAAAGACUUAGCCGUCGCAUAUAACCACGAUUUGGAGCCUGUCUUGAAAGGAUUGAACUUCAGCAUUGAUCAAAAAAUGAGGGUCGGUAUUGUUGGUCGCACUGGAUCCGGGAAAUCUACGUUAACAUUGGCACUCUUCCGUUUUCUGGAAGCGAGAGAAGGCAGCAUUAUUAUUGACGGCUAUGAUAUCUCGAAGCUAAAACUACAAUCUUUGCGCCGUAAUCUAGCCAUCAUUCCUCAAGAUCCAGUGUUGUUUUCGGGCACACUUCGGAGCAACUUAGAUACAGAUAAUGAAUACGAUGAUACAGUGCUCUUCGACGCCCUUCGCAGAGUUCAUCUCAUCAAUGAAUCUGACUCGGGCAUUGCGACUCCAUCAUCGAACACAUCUCAAAAUCAGAACAUUUUCCUCUCUUUAAACAGCUCCAUCGCCGAAGGUGGUCUUAACCUUUCCCAAGGCCAACGUCAACUCCUCUGCCUCGCACGUGCUAUUAUUCGCCGCCCAAAAAUUCUUAUUCUCGAUGAGGCGACGUCUUCUGUAGACGUUCAAACGGAUGCACUUAUUCAGCAGAGCAUUCGUGAGGAAUUUGUAGAUAGCACGCUGCUCGUUAUUGCACACAGACUUAGUACGGUAGGAGAUUUUGAUAAGAUUUUACUAAUGAGUGAUGGGAAUGUAGCCGAGAUGGGAAGUCCAAAGGAAUUAAUUGAGAGAAAGGGGAUGUUUUGGGGUAUGGUGAAAGAGAGUGGAGAGGCGGAUAAAUUGGUUGGUAUGAGUAAGAAUUCAUAG